AUGAACGAAUGGUUCGCCAUAGAAUGCAAUGCAACUGCCAACCCUGCUAGAGCUUUAAUAAGUCGAAUCAACAUGGAGGUGCUGAAUAUUUCAGCUGAAAGAGCCACUGUUACUGUCAAAAGUCCAAUAAUAUCCUCGAAUUGUACUGGCAGGGAAGAUGGUGUGCCUCUGAAUUUGACUGGAACUCCUUUUGUCUUCUCCAGAAACGAUAAUGUAUUCAUCGCAGUAGGUUGUAAUACUCAAGCUUUAAUGACCGGAAUCACGCCAAAUCUCAUCGGUUGUGUGUCUACCUGCAGUGACGUAAACAGUAAAAAUUUCUGUGAGGCUUUUCCACCAUCAUCCCUUCAGGUUUUCAAUCCAAGAAUAGAAGCUACAGAUGAUAAUCAAGAUAGAGAAGGAUGCAAGCUGGCCUUCCUGGUAAACCACACAUGGUUCGAAUCGAAUGUCAGCGAUCCAUUCUCGUUGCAAUAUAGAGAUUAUGUUCCAGCAGAGCUUGGUUGGACAAUGAAUGUGAAUACUGAUGAUCCCGUGAAUUGCAGAGGAUAUUACAAUGAGUCUUUUCGAUCCGAAUGUGUGUGUGGUUGGGGCUAUGAGGGCAUCCCUUACCUUGGAUGCACAGAUGUGGAUGAAUGUAAAGAAUCAAAGCAUUCGUGCCGAGGGUUACUUAAAUGUGUAAAUACACGGGGGUAUUUCAAUUGCGAGAUCAAUAAACUUUAUAUAGCCUUGAUAGUUAUAGGCGCAGUUGUCUUAGCAUUGUCAUUGCUGAUGGGCAUUUGGUGGUUAUAUAAACUUGCAAAGAAAUGGAAAAAGAUUGAACUCAAAAAGAAAUUCUUCAAACGAAAUGGUGGGCUAUUGUUACAGCAGGAAUUACGUGCUGCUGAAGGUUGGGUUCAAAAAACAAAAAUAUACAGUUCAAAGGAGUUGGAAGUAGCCACUGAUCAUUUUAAUGUGAAUAGAAUACUCGGUCAAGGUGGUCAAGGCACAGUUUAUAAAGGGAUGUUAGCAGAUGGAAGGAUUGUUGCUGUUAAGAAGUCCAUGGUCGUUGAUGAAGGAAAGCUUGAAGAAUUUAUCAAUGAGGUCGUCGUUCUUUCACAAAUUAACCAUAGGAAUGUGGUUAAGUUGCUCGGUUGUUGCUUGGAGACUGAAGUUCCUUUGCUAGUCUAUGAGUUGAUUUCCAAUGGAAAUCUUUACAAGUAUAUCCAUGAUCAAAACGAAGAUUUCUUGUUAUCUUGGGAGAUGCGAUUACAGAUUGCCAUUGAAGUUGCUGGAGCACUUUCCUAUCUACACUCGGCGACAUCCAUUCCGAUUUAUCACCGUGACAUCAAGUCUACAAACAUACUGCUAGAUGAGAAAUAUAGAGCAAAAGUAUCUGAUUUUGGAUCUUCAAGAUCAAUAUCCAUCGAUCAAACUCACUUGACCACUCUCGUGCAAGGUACCUUUGGCUACUUAGAUCCCGAGUACUUCCAGUCCAGUCAAUUUACAGAAAAGAGUGAUGUUUAUAGCUUUGGAGUGGUUCUGGUUGAGCUCAUAAGUGGACAAAAACCGAUAUUUUCUGUAAGCCAGACAUAAACUAGAAGUUUAGCCACGCAUUUUAUUAUGUUGAUGGAAGACAAUAGACUGUCUGAUAUUCUUGAUGCUAGAGUUAAGGAGGGCUGUCAGAAUGAAGAAGUUAUCUCUGUUGCUAAUCUUGCGAAAAGAUGCUUGAAUUUGAAUGGGAAAAAUCGACCUACAAUGCGAGAAGUCACAUCAGAGUUGGAGAGGAUAAUUGGAUUGUCUCAAGAAGAGCUAAAUAUUCAAGAGAACUGUAAAAUAUCAGAAAACACCAUGGAUGAUGCAAGCAAUGAUUGGGAUGCAGUUUCGACAUCAAUCACUGGUGAUUUUGAUACUGGCAGGACUCCAUCAUCCGAUGGUGAACCAUAGAUAAAUAUUACAACAUGCUGAUUUAACAAGACAUAUCAAUCGCUGAAAACAUAUAUGCGUCUCUGUUUUUCUUUUCCCUUGUUCCUAUUUUGAUGUGAAUUACACAAAAAAACUUUAAGAAGACUUGUCAAUGGGAUUAGAUGAUUGCAUUUUAAUUUCCCGUUGUUAUUGUAUAAUAAAAAUAAAGUUUGCUGAAUCGCUGUAAAA